AUGCAUGCGUCCUUGCUGCAGCAGCUGCUGCUGCUGACGCUGCUGCUGCUGCUGCUCGCCCUCCUCCCCCAGCAGCAGCAGCAGCAGCAGCAGCAGCAGUGGCCUGGUGCUGCUGCAGCACUAGCAGAGACAAAAACAGAAGAAGCAGCAAAAGGCAGAGAACGCAGCACAGCAGCAGCAGCAGCAGCAGCAGCAGCAGCAGCAAAGACAGGAGCUGCAGCAGCAGCAGCAGGGGGACCUGCAAAGAAAACAGAAGCAGCAGAAGCAGCAGCAGCAGCAAAAGCAGCAGGUGCUGCAGCAGGAGAGGCAGCAGCAGCAGCAGCAAAAGCACCAGCAGCAGCAGCAAAAGCACCAGCAGCAGCAGCAGCAGCAAAAGCACCAGCAGCAGCAGCUGCACGAAAAGCAGCAGCAGCACCAGCAGCAGCACGAGGAGCAGCAGCAAGACCAGCAGCAGCAGCAGCGAGAACAGCAGCAGCAAAGCCAACAGCAGCAACACGAGCAGCAGCAUCAAAACCAGCAGCAGCAACGAGAGCAGCAGCAGCAAAACCACCAGCAGCAGCAGCCUCAUCUGCUGCUGCUGCUGCUGCUGCUUCUUCUGCUGCUGUCAAUCCUAAGCUAACUGCUGAAAAAGCAGCAGCAGCACCAGCAGCAGCAGCACCAGCAGCAGCAGCACCAGCAGCAGCAGCACCAGCAGCAGCAGCAACACGAGCAGCAGCAGCGGCACCAGCAGCAGCAGCAGCAAAACCAACAGCAGCAGCAGCAGCACCCGUAGCAGCAUCAGCAGCACGAAUAGUAACAGCAGCACCAGCAGCAGCAGCAGCAAAAGCAGAACCAGCACCAGCAGCAGCAACAGCAACACGAGCAGAAACAACAGCACCACCUGCAGCAGCAGCACCAACAGCAGCAGCAGCAGCAGCAGCAGCAGCAGCAGGUGAGGGAUCGGCUCCAUCAGAACAAACCGAGUCAAAGGAGGCAGCAGAGCUUGCAGCAGCAGCAGCAGCAGCAGAACCUGCAGCAGCAGCAGCAGCAGAACCUGCAGCAGCAGCAGCAGCAGAACCUGCAGCAGCAGCAGCAGCAGAACCUGCAGCAGCAGCAACAGCAAGCGCAAAAGAUGAAGCAGCAUUAGAGGUCCGUGAAGCAGCAGCAGCAGCAGAGCCUGCAGCAGCAGCAGCAGCAGAGCCUGCAGCAGCAGCAGCAGCAGAGCGUGAGGGAUCGGCUCCAUCUGAACAAACCGAGUCAAAGGAGGCAGCAGAGCCUGCAGCAGCAGAAGCAGCAGCAGCAGCAGCAGCAGCAGAACCUGCAGGAGCAGCAGCAGCAGAACCUGCAGCAGCAGCAGCAGCAGAACCUGCAGCAGCAGCAGCAGCAGAACCUGCAGCAGCAGCAGCAGCAGCAGCAAAAGAUGAAGCAGCACUAGAGGUCCGUGAAGCAGCAGCAGCAGCAGAGCCUGCAGCAGCAGCAGCGGCAGCAGAGCCUGCAGCAGCAGCAGCAGCAGAGCCUGCAGCAGCAGCAGAGCCUGCCGCAGCAGCAGCAGAAGCAGGAUCUGAGAAAGCUGAAGCAGAAGGGCAGGAAGCAGCAGCAGCAGAGCCUGCAGCAGCAGCAACAGAAGCAGAAGCAGCAGCACAAACGAAAACAGCAGAAGCAGCAGCAAACACAUCGCCUGAAGAAGCAGCAGCAAAAUCUGAUGCAGCAGCAGCAGCAGCAGCCAGCAGGAUCUGA